AUGGCACUUGUCUGUCACGAAUUGAUUAUAAGAACGCCCGCUACUGGAGGCGAUUCAGCGGAGCAAUUGAAGGCUCAACAGUCAUGCAACCAAAUCGAGCAAGUAUAUCAACAGUUUGGUGCCAUCAAAGAUGGCAAGGAGGAAUUCUCGAAGACAUAUCUUACCGACAAGAAGAUGUUACUACUGUAUACUAAGAGCUCUCAAAAGAUCUUGCAGCUCGUUGAGCCCGACUCUUCCGGUGGCUUUCAAUACCCAACCGUGUUCGAGCAGAAUCUGGGGUCCAUGGAGGACGCGAUGCACCAAAUGUCGCAAUCCUUUGUCAAAGCUGCUGCAGUUGACUUGAUCGAUACCCCAACGUUCAAGCUUUGUAGACGGAAAUGGAAUAUACUGAAAGAGUUGUCUGACGGCAUGCAUAGAAGAUGGAGCAAUGAAAACAGGGUAAAGCCUUGGGAUGAGAUUGUGGACGUAAUUCCCGAGAAGUCUUUCUCCAAGAUACUGGAUCAGAAGAAGGGCAACCGUUUUUACUGGACCCUCUGGCUCACCGUCUUCGCCAUGACGUGCAACAGUGCCACCUUUGCGCUCGCAUACAAAUAUUCUAGCCCAGAGCCUGGCACAGCCCGAGACGCCGAUUUCUGGUUGCUGCUCCAAGGCAGCAUCAUGCAAUGGUUCUCGUUGUUGAUUGCAGGUUCCGCUCUCUGGAGUAAAGUGACUUCGCCGAUGUGGACAUGGAUGGUGCCAACCAUUGUCGCACUGGUUAGCUCCUUGGUGGCUAUCCCUUUGUACCUGAAGGUUCCUACAGCAUGGAGCGCGUUCCUGACGACAGUGGGCAGUGCGGUUCAGGCGUUCAUGACAGUUCAACUGGCCGCUAUUGGCCAGUAG